AUGUGCACCUCUCAGUCCGGCAGCUUAGCGCCAGCAGAGGCUGAGAAAGGAGGAGGGGAGCGAGCACUGGUAUUGAUGGAUGAGCCAAAGGGUGCCAAACCGAAGAUGGCGUCAGCCAAACCGAAGAUGGCUGUGCUCAUCCUGGGCUCCCUCUUUGUUUUGGCUGUGAUCGCUUUAAUCACCGUGGCAGUGACCCAGAACCAGUGGCUCCCAAAGAACAUUAAGUACGGGAUUGUGCUGGAUGCUGGCUCGUCUCACACUAACCUGUACGUGUACGCGUGGCCAGCAGAGAAGGAGAAUGACACUGGGGUGGUGCAGCAGGUAGAAGUGUGUAAAGUGGAAGGCCCAGGCAUCUCGGGGUAUUCCCAGGCUGUGCAGAACGCUAGCCGCUCCCUGCAGCAUUGCUUGGAGAGAGCCCAGGAGGUGGUUCCACAGCAACAGCACCAGGAGACGCCUGUCUAUCUCGGAGCAACGGCUGGCAUGCGGCUGCUCAGCUUGGACAACAGGCAUGUAGCGAUGGAGGUCCUAUCUGCAGUGGAGAACAAGCUCCGCUCAUCCCCCUUCAACUUCCAGGGUGCCAGGAUUAUCACUGGCCAGGAGGAAGGAGCCUAUGGCUGGAUCACCAUCAAUUACCUGCUGGGCAGCUUCAAGCAGUCGGGCUGGCUGAACUUCCUACCCAAGCUGACCUCCAUCAAGGAGACGGUUGGAGCCCUGGACCUCGGUGGGGCUUCCACACAGAUCACCUUUGUGCCAGAGCAGGAGCAGAGCGAGUCUCAAGAAAACUCACUGCACUUCCGCCUCUAUGGCAAGAGCUACAACGUGUACACGCACAGCUUCCUGUGCUACGGCAAGGACCAGGCUCUGCGCAUGAAGCUGGUCAGAGACUUGCAGAACGCCGAGACGGGCCGGCUCCAGGAUCCCUGCUUUCACACUGGCUACGAGAGGAACGUGAGCAUCCGUGACCUCUAUGCAAGCCCCUGUACAGCUAACUACAAGCAGUCCCUCGCGUUCCCCCAGCUCCACGUUGUGGGGAGUGGGGAUUAUCAGGCCUGCCAAACCCGCAUCGAGGAACUCUUCAACAAAACCUCUUGUCCUUACUCCAAAUGCUCCUUCAAUGGGAUUUUCCUGCCUCCAUUACAAGGGCACUUUGGGGCAUUUUCUGCAUUCUACUUCGUGAUGAACUUUCUGAACCUGUCAGCAGAGAGCAGCCCGGCCCCGCUGAAUAGCGCGAUAAGCACCAUGAAGAACUUCUGCUCCAGACCUUGGUCUGAGGUGAAGGCAGCAUAUCCCCAGGUAAAGGAGAAGUACCUCAGUGAAUACUGCUUCUCAGGGACCUACAUCAUCUCCCUGCUGAAAACUGGCUAUGGGUUCAGUCUGGAGACGUGGCAGCAGAUCCAGUUCCUGGGAAAGAUUGGCAGCAGUGAUGCAGGCUGGACUCUGGGCUAUAUGCUGAAUCUGACCAACAUGAUCCCUGCAGAGCAGUCCCUGAUGCGGCCCCUCUCUCAUGCCGGCUAUGUGGGGCUCAUGGUGCUGUCUUCCCUGGUGCUGGUGGGUGCGCUGCUGCUGGGCUGGUGCAUCUUCCGCAAGCCAAGGUGCCUGAGGAAGGGCAUCGUGUAGCAAGACUCGGGUCCUGCAGUGCAGACUGUCGUGGGGUCCUCUGAGUUCACUGGCAGGGCCAGCCCAACCCGGCAGAGUCCCACCUGCCUCUCACUGACGCUGCUGACUCUACAAGGGAAUUUGUUCUUUGAUCCAUGCCUGGCACUGACGGGCCGCACGCUCUGUGCACACUACAGGCUCCAGCUUUCCCUGCCAGGGACAUAUCAUAGUGCCCCCUUCAAGAGCAGGCCACAUAAAGCAGCAGCAGCAGCUUCUUUCUUCCCUGAACCUUUACUCUUUGGCUUUGUCUUGCCCACAGCAAUAGAGCACUGGUCCCCAUGGCAGCGAUCCCUGUGAUUCAGGGGCACCCAGAUGCUGGGAGGUGAAUCUCAGGGCCACACCUGCCAUUGAAAUCUCAGUGCCAUUGCACUGCAGAGAAAUCUGGUCUCACUCCCUUUGCAGUAGCCACAGCAGGCCCUCAGGUUCCCUUGAGUGUGGGGCAGCUGCACCGGUCUAAGUCCAGCUGCUCCCCUUUGCCUCCUGGCCCCUGCAGCUCCCCAAAGCAUCCUGCACCCCAGCUCUGUUGGCUGGGUACCACCCAGGUGGGCUGGCCACACACCUGAACAUGUAGCAGGGACAAGCUGAUGUGAGAGGUUAAGGAUUGAGGUCACAAGGUUUUGAGGCAGACACCAGCCCUUAGCUGGGUGCCAGCAGCUGGCUCAGAUGUGAAAUACUGGGAGGUAAAAUGUCCUUUACAGGGAGGAAUCCUUCCCUUCCAGAGCCUGGCCCUAGCCCAGCAUAGGCCCAAAGCAAGCACCCGGUCCAGACAGGGCUGUCCCGUCGCCUCCGUGUAAUGGACCUGUGCGUUGGGUCACAUGUUCUUAGCCCAGCUCUGCUGAACUCUCCAGGAAUUGCUAACGAUGGUGAAGGAUCACGUGCAAACAGCUAGCCCUUCAUUCCUGCCCCUGGGGAAACAGGCCCAGCAGAGGCUGUGCGGCUGUCCAGCAGCACGGCAGUGCUCUGCCAGUGGGCAAAGGGCUGUUCCCAAAGUUUUUAAGAGCAGGCUGGACAAGCCCUUGUCUGGGGUGGUUUAGAUGGGGAGGAUCCUGCCUGGAGCAGCAAGCUGGACUGAAUGUGACCCCCUGGGGGCCCUGCCAGCCUGGCUUUGCUAUGACUCUGUGCUGGUCACGGAGGAAGCAAGGCCUAGGAGGGGUGUUUAUUAGGACACUGUGCCAGUGCAACUGAAACACAUGGGUACUGAUGGACUUGCACAUUGUGUUAGCAAUGGAAGGAAAAUUAAAGUCGCACUCUGGAA